UUCAGUUAUUUCAUUAACUCUCAAAAUGAAGUUCUUCCUUGCUUUGUUCGCUCUUGUAGCUGUUGCCCAUUGCGGCACUAUUCGACCAUCCAGGCAUCAUCAUCUUUCGCAAAAUGUGACUGACAUGAUUUGCGGAUUCGGAUACCCAGUCCAGAAUAUGACCGUCCAAACCAAGGACGGAUACAUUUUGGACUUGAUCCGUAUUCCAGGUGAUGUCAACUACAGGCAAGAAUUCGAGCAAAAGCAACGUCAAGAACGCGAAGUAGUUACUGGCAAGCCCGCUGUUGUCCUUAUGCACGGUCUUCUCUCCUCUUGCGAAGACUUUGUCAUUGGUGGCCCAUCCGAAGGUCUUGCCUUCGUCCUUGCCAAUCGUGGAUUCGAUGUUUUCCUCGCCAACUCCAGAGGUAGCAUGUAUGCUCGCAAACAUACCACUCUUAACCCAGAGAAGGACGCCGCUUUCUGGAGAUUCAGCUUCGAAGAGAUUGGCACGAAAGAUCUCCCAGUCAUCAUUGACGAAAUCCUGAAGGUUACUCAACAAAACCAGGUUCAAUAUAUUGGACACAUGCAAGGAUCUACUUCUUUCUAUGUUUUGGCUAGCGAGAAACCAGAAUACAACCAGAAGAUCGAAAAGAUGGUUUCGCUUGGACCAGUUGCUUUCAUGAAGUACUCCACCAACGAAAUGCUCAAUCUUAUCGCCGAGAAGCAACAAUCCAAAUCCUGGCAAAUGAAGAACUUGGGUGUUAACGAAUUCCAUCCAUCCACCGACUUCGUUGCUUCUGCAGGACAACAGGAUUGCAUGUCCCGUGAAAUCAACGAAAGGGUUUGCCAAAAUCCCUACUUCCUCAUCAAUGGUUUCGAAUCUGCUUAUCUGAACAUGACCACCAUCCAGAGAUACGUCCCACGUCUUCCAGCUGGAUCUUCCACCAAGGAGGUCUUGCACUUCACUCAACUUAUUAAGACCGGUCGCUUUGAAAAGUACUCCAACGGUGGCCAAGCUUCCGUUGAAGAAUACGACUUGACCAAAGUCACUGUUCCAGUUUCCAUCGUCUACACUCCAAACGACAAGAUUUCUGCUGAACAGGACGUCAAGCAAUUGAUCAGCAAACUUCCAAACGUUGUUGACCACAUCAAAAUCGACCAACUGACCAACAACCUUGAUCUUCUUUUCUCCGAGAACGUUCAAUCUGUUGUUUACAGCAAUGUCUUGAACGUCUUGAAAGGUUUCUAAUAAGAUUAGCGGAUUCAAAUAAAAGAAACAUUGCAAUUUA